AUGGCGGAGAAGAAGGGUGAACUCUACGCCGAGCCGGGUGCCCACGAGCUCGAGCGCGGCGCAUCAGCCGGCGCAGUCGACAUCAAUCGCAACAUCGAGGCCAAGAUUUCCAACCCCCUGGCCGGAAUCCCCAAGAGCCAGCUCAUGCGCCAGGUCGACGCCUUUGCGCACGAGAAGGGCCUGGCCGACCACAUCCCCAUCCUGCGCAAGGGCGCCCUCGUCGCCCAGCUGGGCGUUGCCACCUCGCUCACCCGCGAGGACUACGACUCCAUCGGCGGCGAAGAGACCCUCACCGAGGAGGAGAAGACUGUCCUCGAGAAUGAGGUCAAGCACAAGUGGCGCCUGCCCUGGAGACUCUGGCUGACCGUCAUUACCUGCUCCAUCGGCGCCGCCGUCCAGGGUUGGGACCAGACCGGUUCCAAUGGCGCCAACCUGUUCUUCCCCAAGGUCUACGGUAUCGGCAGCAAGAGUGUGCACGACACCCUGAUCGUCGGUCUUGUCAACGCUGGUCCUUACAUUGGUAGCGCUGUUCUCGGCUGCUGGCUCACUGAUCCCGUCAACAACUGGCUGGGCCGUCGAGGUGUCAUCUUUGUUUCUGCAAACUUCUGUCUGUGGCCCGUCAUUGGAUCUGCCUUCUGCCACGCCUGGCCCGAGCAGCUGGCCUGCCGUCUGCUGAUGGGCAUUGGCAUGGGAAUCAAGGCAUCUACUGUUCCUGUGUACGCCGCCGAGAACUCGCCUGCUCCCGUCCGUGGUGCCCUGGUCAUGACCUGGCAGCUGUGGACGGCCUUUGGCAUCUUCUUCGGGACCGUCAUCAACCUCGCCGUCUACCACAUGAGGGACCAGUGGCGCUACAUGCUUGGAGCCCCCUUCAUCCCGGCUGUGCCACUGCUGUGCUUGAUCUACCUGUGCCCGGAGUCGCCCCGUUGGCUCAUCAAGAAGAACCGCUACGUCAAGGCAUGGGAGUCGCUGGUUAGGCUGCGCAACCACGAGAUCCAGAUUGCUCGCGACCUGUACAACAUCCACGCCGCCCUCGACCUUGAGUCUCACGUCAUUGCCAAGAGCACCUACGUCGUCCGCUUCUUCGAGCUCUUCACCAUCCCCCGUGUGAGGCGUGCUACCCUGGCCGCCUUCACUGUCAUGAUUGCCCAGCAGAUGUGCGGCAUCAACAUCAUCGCCUUCUACUCCUCCACCGUGUUCGAGGACGCCGGCGCAACCCAGUACGAGGCCUUGACAUUCUCGCUGAUCUUCGGUGCCGUCAACUUCUUGUUCGCUUUCCCCGCCCUCAAGACAAUCGACACUUUUGGUCGCCGCUCCCUCCUCCUCUUCACCUUCCCCCAGAUGACCUGGACCCUGCUGGCUGCUGGUCUCUGCACCCUCAUCGACAAGAACAACAGCGCGCGUACCGGCCUGGUCGCCCUGUUCGUCUAUCUGUUCGCCGCCUUCUACUCGCCCGGUGAGGGCCCCGUGCCCUUCACCUACUCUGCCGAGGUCUUCCCGCUGUCCCAUCGUGAGGUCGGCAUGAGUUUCGCCGUCGCGACCUGCCUGUUCUGGGCUGCCAUCCUGAGUAUCAGCUUCCCCUUCCUGCUGGCCAAGACCGGCACCGUUGGUGCCUUUGGCUUCUACGCCGGUCUCAACGCCGUCGCCUUCGUCAUGAUCUUCUUCUGGGUUCCAGAAACGAAGCAAAAGACCCUCGAGGAACUCGACUACGUCUUCGCCGUGCCUACCAGCAAGUUCGCCCAGUACCAGCUCACCCAGGCCGCACCCUGGUGGGUGAAGCGCUACGUCCUCUUCCAGAAGAGCGCCACCCUCAAGCCGCUCUACCACGAGGAGCACCGCCACCAAGCCGCGGAGUCCGAGCAGUUCCAGGAGAAGUCGGCCGAGGCGUCCGACCCUCCCAGCCCUCGUCACCUGGAGUAG